AUGGCAACAAAAGAAUCAAAGAUGCAAUACGUUCGCUUUGGCAACACGGGAUUACGUGUGUCCAAGAUAGCACUGGGCUGUAUGUCGUAUGGGUCUUCUCAGUGGCAAAGUUGGGUCAAGGAUGAAGAGGAGUCGUUGGCCAUGAUUGAAAGGGCGUACAAAGCUGGCAUCAACUUUUUUGAUACAGCCGACGGAUAUUCAAACGGCGAAAGUGAGCGUAUUCUCGGCAAAGCCAUUAAACAAUGCAACAUGGAUCGUAGCCGGAUCGUGGUGGCCACCAAAGUCUUUUUCCCUGUAGCCGAUCAAGUGGGCAUCAACUUGUUGGGUGGACAUAAUUAUGCCCAAGACCCUGUGUUGGCAAACCAAUAUGGAUUGUCACGCAAGCAUAUCUUUGAUGCUGUAGAGGCAUCCCUUAAGCGCUUACAAUUGGACUAUAUCGAUUUGUACCAGAUUCAUCGGUUGGAUCCAGAUACACCUAUGGAAGAAACCAUGUCCGCUUUGAAUGAUCUUGUUAGAAUGGGCAAGGUGCGUUACAUUGGUGCAAGCUCCAUGUAUGCCUGGCAGUUUCAAAAGAUGAACAACAUUGCCGAAAAGAAUGGAUGGGCUCGUUUUGUCAGCAUGCAAAACAUGUAUAAUUUAAUAUACCGUGAAGAGGAACGAGAAAUGAUGCCUUAUUGUGCAGAUCAGGGUAUUGCUGUGAUCCCAUGGUCUCCAUUAGCCCGAGGUUUAUUGACUGGCAAGAAUCGACAAUCAACACGAUCCUCUACUGAUCGUGCUAUCAAACGUUUCUUUGAUCAAGCAACGGAAGCCAAUAACGAUGCGAUUGUCGAUCGAGUGGUACAAAUUGCCGAAAAUAAGGGACUUGCCCCGGCACAUGUUGCGUUGGCAUGGGUGCUUUCAAAACCAUUUAUUACAGCACCUAUUGUAGGGAUCACGAAGGAUGGUCAUUUGGAAGAUGCCAUUGCAUCCCUUGAAGUUGAAUUGACACAAGAGGAGAUUGAGUCUCUUGAAGCAUUGUACAUGCCAAGAAGCGUACAUUCAAUGAAUUAA